AUAUAUAAUUUACGACAGUCUCAUUUGGAGUGGCCCGGUAAAGAGCUGCAGAGACAGAGCUGCUGCAAUGAGAUCUCUGAGGAGUGACACUUUGUGCUGCCUGGUUCUCAGCUGUGUAGCUGUCUCUGGAAUAAUGGUCCUGCUCUCACUCACUCUGCAAACAUCACCUCUCAUCACUCACUCUCCUGCAACUGUUAUAACUACAACACCCAAACUAGCGUCCAUUACAACUACCAAAGUAGUGAGGAUUUCAAACUUAUCGAAUAUUGAUCAGAAGGCAUCUGUUGUAAGUAUUCAAGUACCUAUUACAAGCCCAGUUAUGGGCAGGGAGGACAAUCGCCAUUCCUUGGCAGUCAGUGUAGGUAGGAGGGAUCCUGGCUGGCAGUCAACACCUAAAUCACUUGAAUCACUUGACAACACUACAGACUUUGUCAUAUCCGUACCUAAAAUACCCCACUCUCACCCACCUGACUCCCUCUCCCAGGCUAUAAAGCAACCUCCACGACAUAUGUCAUCUCAGAGGAAACUGGCUAGUAACCCUACGAGGAACAGAACAAUGCACAUGGCUGCAGCUAGACUGGCUAGUAACCCCACGAGGAACAAAACUAUGCACAUGGCUGCAGCUUACAAUCCUUCAGUGUUGAACACUACAGUGCAAGCCAUCAGAAUGAGGAACACUGUAAUAGUGGAUGACACGAUUGCCCAGUUUGCCAGUAAACAUGAUGUACUGCCUCUAGUGGCCUUCAUUGACACUAGACAACGUUACAGCCACUCCAACGCAACUAUUAUCCUAGUGCAAGUCAGAGACACUAAGAAAAUACGUUACAAUAGAAUAAUCGGUUGUGGGAUUGACAAUAUUCGAGCAGUAGCGUUCAGAGUCAAGCCAUUGUUGGUGUAUCGUAAUUGGAUUCAUGCCAAUGUGCCCAACUUGAGCCACAGUGAGGCAGUGGUGACAUGUUAUGACUUGCCUGCUAUUAACGGGAGUAAAGCAUUUGUGUUGUAUCGACGCUACAAGGUGCCUGGAUUGCUACAGGUGUAUAGUGAACGUCCUGUGAUAUUGACCUCUAGUGUUGAACCCGUCAAGCCCUUCUCAGUGGUGGUGUGUACUACAGUGUAUGGUAGUCCUCCCUGGCUCUCUCAUUGGCUGCGUUAUCAGACAACCAUUGGUGUUGACUAUAUUCACUUGUAUGCUCAACAAUCAUUCAUAGACAAUGGAGGAAUGGGCAAUCCUGAUCUACAGAAGCUACUGGCAGAUCAACGACUGAUUGUGGACAUAAGGAGCACUCAUCUAAACAGCUCUGAGGUCUAUUACUACUCACAGCCGCUAUAUUACCAAGACUGCCUCCUCCGAUAUAGAGGUGUGUAUGACUUUGCCAUGCUCAUUGAUACAGAUGAUUUCUUUGUUCCUCGAGUGGCCCAUCAACGUGAUGUUCACUAUUAUCUUGAGCAGUUCUUCCCGGGAACAAUGCACACUGCCUCUGUUAAGUUGGAUUGGAUUCGUUAUUUUCCGUCUUGUGGUUUCAGGACACCGUUGGAGGAGAUCACUGAUGGCAACCUAACACACCAUCUCUCUACCUAUACUGGCUAUAAGGAAUACGUCAAGUCCAUUCAUAGACUUGAGCAUGUGACUGAGGGGGCAGUACAUGAAGUAACUUAUCUCAUGCCGGGGUACAAGAAAUCCACAGCCUCAAACACUACAGCAUACUUUGCUCAUAUACGCAAGACUAAUGGAUGCCAGCCCCACUCACAGGUACAGAAAGCACAACACAUGAACAUCGGUCAAUAUGAAGAUACUUAGGACAACUUAUUAUUUAGUCAUGCCAAUCAGGUUUUUUUAUAUCAAAUGUAAAUGUAAUAAAUUUAAAUACUUGUAUAUACCAAGAUCAUUAGUAUUGUCAAUAAAACA